AUGACGCUCCCUGGCUGGACCAAGAGCAUCACAACCCUGUUUCGAGACCAGCAUCGUCCGGUGGGGAAGGGCCUGGCCCAACUAUCUCAUAGACCGAAGGAUCUGGUCGAUUUGAUAAGAGGACAGCUGAAUCAGCCGCGCAAGUCGUGGUCUGAGAGGAAAAAGCAAGCUUGGGAUGGUGUACGCAUGUGGCGGAGAGGCUACGAGUUCACCAAAGAGGACCCGUCUGAGAUGGCUAUGAUUCGUCUUGUCGGCAUACUGGAUGAUCUGCUGUUCGGUAGCUCUCUUGGCUCGUCUAUACGCUUCCAAUGGAAAUGGUUCGGUCUGCCGUCUCACGCGGAUCAGAUCGCUCUUGGUGCCACCACAACGGCCUUUGAUAGCUCGGUCGACGGCUGCAUUGCAGACGUCUGGAUGCAUCCGGAGCCCCAUCCACCUCUCGGCUACUCUGCUGGCGACUUCGAGACUGUGCUAUUCGAGACGCUACUCCACGAAAUGUGUCACGCCUACCUAGGCCUCUAUGCUUGCCGUGACGGCCACGGUCGGGCGUGGAGAGCGUUGGGUGCAAGCAUAGACGAAGCAAUGGGCCGAAUCGUCGGCAUGAAUACCAGAUGUGGAGAUACUAAAGCUCGGCUCUUCAAGGUGGUUGACGCUUGGUGA